UACUACUGUCUACACACACACGUAGCUACGUACAGUCAUUAUAUGCAACCUUAAAGGUGCUGCGAUAACGGCACAUAGGACAGGAAACAAAUCCGUACGUCACACGCCUCAGUAGCCUGACUGUUAGCUCGCCAGGUACCCAGCAGUCCCCUGCUAGCUGCUCGCCAGCUACCCAGCUGUGCCCUACUAAAGUGUAGCGCUACCCAGGUACCCAGCCCUUCUAGCUAAAAUGGAGGUUGUAAGAGCUGAUGCAUCAGAGGCUGGGGCACAUGGAGCCACAGAUAGCCAAGUACAGCUGGCCAGGCGUCUCCAGGAACUGUUAACUGGGCGCUUCACAGAGGAGGAGGCUCUCCGGAUACUAGAACACAAAAACUGGGACCUCAAGGCGGCUGUUGGUUUCGUGUUUGAAAGCGAACCGCGAGAUGUGAGACAGAUAUCGGGUGCUGGACAAGGGUGGACAGAAAUUCGAGCAGAUCACAAUGUUCGGAACCUCGCCUACCACAACGACAUACCAUUCCAAGUACGACAGUUUGCGUGUGAGGAAAAUGACACUGUAUGGUGGAGAAAAGUGCCAACUCGAAAAAUGGUAUCCAAAUGCAAAAGAUGUCGGAGACGCUAUAAAGCUGUCCCUAGGGAACGGGAGUGGGGAUGGGCAAAGUUUGUGUGUAUCAGCUGUGGAAACGAGUUCAAUGGAUUCGGCCAGAUGAACAGUACGACUUCCCCCUGUUAUCCUUGUGGUAACAUCUGUCACGUGGAAGAGGUAUUCCCGCCUAAACGUCAUAAUAAUACAGGUCGGAGGUCACGACACAGGCACUCAUGUACGGCACACAACUGCUAUAACCGGACUGCGGACGCCCAGUUUAGACCCAACAGAUGCGUCCAUCCCCGAUCUCUGGCGCGUCAGGUAGUACACCCAAGCCAGCGCCAUAACAGCACGGGUUCUACUGUUGCCACAUUCCUCAGCCAGGACGACAUACAGACCUUCCAGGACUAUCAUGGGCCCCGUAACAUGGCCGACGUAUCGGAAGAAGGAAGCGACGCAUCACAUGACAGUUAGCUGUAGUAAUACUUAAGACAUCUAUAUAUGUCCUUCUCAACUUUGAUUUUCGUUUUGUUGUGACGUUAUUUCAGAAAUACAUGUUCUAUAACCUGAGUCAACACAGAUCGAAAUUCCAAAACAAGAACAGAAAUAAUGUCAUACGUUGUUUUUUACGAAAGUACUAUUAGUCAAUAUAUUAAAUGCUGCAAUUAUUUGUGAUUGUGUUAAAAACAACCUGUAUAACAGUAAACACCAUACUUCGGAAGUUUCAUAAACUUCAUAAACAUUUAGAAAAUAUACAUCGGCUAGUUGCUAAAGGGUAAAACGUACUUGAUUGAGCAGGGUACUUAGGAUGUUUAACUUAUCUUUUUGACAUAUAAUUAAGACGUCAAUGGAUGGACUUAUCGAUAACAGGAGACCUGUCCCAUUCGCCGAUAGGUGACUUCUUUGGGGGGAUAUUAUAUUGAAAUACUCGAAAAUUCUCGGAGUGUACGUUUUGCCCACAUAUUGUCGUCUUUCCUCGUGUAAAGGUUAUUUCGCUUAUUAAACUGUUAACUUAGAUGUUCAUAGUUCUCUUUACGUUAGUAUUUCUGUUUUCGUCCAAAUCAACAUUGCAGUGUGUGUAUCGCAAAUAUGUUUUCCAUAUUAAACAUAUUGCAACG